CAUGUAGCAAUCGUUCACCGUGGCAUUACAACACACUGUCUUUUUCUCUUUCUCUUUGUACUUCUCUGUGUAUCCAACCAAAGCGACAAACAAACAGAAAACAAUAACGCAUUAUUCGAACCGUUACAUUACACCUUUUUCUCUCUCUUUUCUUUCUUUCUCCUACAUUAGAACACCAAAAAGAGAUAUGCACCCUUGGGACCCGCGAAUGUCUCACGACCGUUCGCGACAUCCUCGAAAAUCCUCCGCAGAUCUCGCGACAGACAGAGAGAAAGACGAGGGUUGGAUAUUGAUUACUGGAUUGUGUCAUUUCCGGAGGAGAGAAAAAACGGAGCGAAAGGAGCGAGGUAGGAGCAACAAAGCAUCCGUUUUUCCUCCUCUCCUAAUGCUUUUCUUUCUGGGGUUCUCUCCGUUUUCUCUCUGAUCGUUUCGUUUUUCUCCGGAGGCGUUUUCGUGACCCGUUUCCUAGCCGGGUCGAAUCCCGGCAAAUGGGUUGCGCGAGCUCGAGGCAAGCUCUUGCGGGAGUCGAUUUCACUCCGCCGGGACUGCUAUCGUUGCAAUCGAGCUCGCGGAAAAGGUGCAAUGGGAAGAGGCGAAACGGCGUCGUGGAGGCGCGUGAGUUGGACGCGGGAUUGGAGGAGGAGGAGAAGGAGUGGAAGAAGGGGAGCUUGAGAGGUCCGGUGUCGUUGAGGUUUGUGGAGGCUGAGCAGAAUGCCGCUGGGUGGCCACAAUGGCUUACCUCUGUUGCAGCGGAAGCCAUUCAAGGGUGGGUCCCUCUCAAAACCGAUUCUUUCGAGAGAUUGGAUAAGAUUGGACAAGGUACAUAUAGCAAUGUAUUCCAAGCACGUGAAAUUGAAACUGGGAGGAUGGUUGCCCUGAAGAAGGUACGAUUUGACAAACUUAAAGCUGAUAGCAUUAGGUUCAUGGCGAGAGAAAUAGUGAUUCUUCGCUCACUUGACCACCCAAACAUCAUGAAAUUGGAUGGUAUAAUUACUUCACAACAAUCAAACAGCAUAUACCUUGUAUUUGAAUACAUGGAGCAUGACCUUGCUGGCCUAGUGGCUUCUCCUGAUAUAAAGUUCACUGAAGCACAGAUUAAGUGUUACAUGAGACAGUUAUUAAGUGGAAUGGAGCAUUGUCACCAUCGAGGUAUUAUGCAUCGAGACAUUAAAGUAUCUAAUAUACUAGUGAACAAUGAAGGUGUUCUCAAGAUAGCAGAUUUUGGAUUAGCAAAUACCCUUAGUCCUAGUAGCAAGCAACCCUUAACAAGUCGAGUGGUGACUCUAUGGUAUCGUCCUCCUGAACUCUUAAUGGGAGCAACAAAUUAUGGAGUUUCGGUGGAUAUAUGGAGUGUUGGCUGUGUAUUUUCUGAAUUUUUUCUGGGGAAGCCCAUCCUUAAGGGGAGAACUGAGGUUGAACAAUUACACAAAAUUUUCAAGCUUUGUGGGUCUCCACCUGAGGAAUACUGGAAAAAGAGUAAGCUUCCUCUGGCCACAAUGUUUAAGCCUCAGACUAAUUACGAAGCCUCUCUUCAAGAGAGGUGUAAAGGUGUUCCUGUAACUGCUGUAAAACUACUCGAGACUUUACUUUCCAUUGAUCCUUCCAAGCGUGGGACCGCCUCCUCUGCACUCAAGUCUGAGUAUUUCAGCACCAAGCCAUAUGCCUGUGAUCCAUCAGUCAUGCCAAAGUAUCCACCAAGCAAAGAAAUGGAUGCUAGAAAUCGGGAAGAAGCUAGCAGGAAAAAGAUGCUAGGUAAAGGGAGAGAGACUGUAACAUCAAAAAGGAAUAAUAGACGAGUCCAAAAAGUUUCCAAUGACCAUAUAAAUUUCAUCAAACCAGCUUGGAAAGAGGAAAUGCAGAACAGUUCUCAAAAUGUUUGCACAGGUGAUGAUGGUAGGGCACAUGUUGCAAAAGUUAAAAUAGGAGCUUUGCAUAAAGAGCAACCAAAGCUUUCAUGUGAUGCAAAGUUUGAGGCUGCCCAAGUGGUGAAUGGUUGCAAUGGAAACAGUGUGUACUCUGGACCGGCACAUGUCUCAGCAUCCAGUGGCUUUACAUGGGCUAAAAGGAGAAAACCAGAAGCUUCAUCCAUAUUGUCUGAUGGUUCAAGAAGCAAAAUCAGUGCUCUGGAUCCAAUCUUUGUAAAAGGCACAUAUGAUUUAACAAAACAAGGGAUAGAAGUUUCAGAAAGGAAACAUGGUCUCAACACAAGACAUCAGGACAGGACUUUAACCCAUGUAUUACCAAUAUACCAGGCUCCUCGCUUUCAUCAAAAAUCAUUCGAUUUAGCUGAUAAAUACAACUCAAAUUAUUUCAUGGAAUUUGAUUUCACAGAUAAAUUGGAUGCUCUGAUAGUAGAUCAGGGCCAGAGAAAAUAUGGUGAGCCUGUGAAGCUAUCAGCACCAAAAAUUAUUUCAUCAGAUAAAAAGGAUGAGUUGUUGCAGCGGAAUGAAAAUAAUAUGCGUCAUUCUCUUCGUAUGUCAACAUCGGGAAGAGACCAAUGAUACAAGGAUCGAUGGAGAGGAUUAAUCCCACAUCUUCAAGGGCUGCAUGGCUAAGAAAACAUUGUGGCCAUUGAUGAUAUCCUUAAUGGAUAUCUGAACCAUUAUAACUUGUACUUCAGCUUUCUUGAUUUUGGCAACAGCUACCCAUAUUUUGUUCACUACAGAGUUAAGUGUACAUAUAGGACUAACUCUGAAUUAUACAUAGGAUUACAGUAACAAAUUGCAGCUCCCAACUGUUGGGUGAUAUGCUUAAGGAAAAGUUAACUUUUCUAGUACAAUUCUUUUACCUUGGUGACCCUCUACUUCAUUUGUUCAUUUAUUUAUUUCAUCAUGUUCCCUCAACCCUUGUAUAUGCUGCAUUGCAGAUAUUCUAAAAAUAUUCUUGCUCUCUUGCAAAUAGGCAAUACAAAGUACUACAAUGAAGUUAUACCAAAGCAAUUAUACAUUUUUUCUGGUCUUUGUGGUUCUAACACUUACAUAUAUUGUAGGAGAUUACUUCGUGCAUUCUUUAUGAAAUCGAAAAUGUAUUAA